CAGUCAAACCUGCAUACUUUCACUUCUGUCUUUGUUCCACUCGUCCUCCUGACACGUUGGCGCUCAGCAUCAUGGACAGGAUCGACCAACAGAGACCGGACUCUCCUGGUCCGAGCGGUCUGUCCAUGAAGAGUGACUUCUCCAUGGGUCAUCCUAUCUCUUUCAAAGGUGGACGCCAUUCUCCUGAAGAAAAGAUCGACCAACAGAGACCGGACUCUCCUGGUCCGAGCGGUCUGUCCAUGAAGAGUGACUUCUCCAUGGGUCAUCCUAUCUCUUUCAAAGGUGGACGCCAUUCUCCUGAAGAAAAAGUGGAUCAAGAGGAAACAGAGAUUCCUACCCGUCAUUCUGCUCAGCAUCAAACACACCUGGACUCCAUAUUCACGGUUCUGGAGGAGAACAUAGUCAGUUUUGUGAAGAAUGAGCUAAAGAAGUUUAAGGUUAUCCUAAAAGCAGAUUACCCAGAAUGCUUGGGCAGGCGGAGCGAAGAAGAGGAGGUGUUGAGUGGUGAGGAUGCAGAGCUGAUGAAGAUCAGUAGAGAAGCUUUCCUGAAGAUCACACAACACUUCCUGAAGAGGAUGAAGGAGGAUGAGCUGGCUGACUGUCUGCAGAGCAAAACUCUGGCAUUUUGUCAGGCCAAACUCAAAUCCAAUCUACAGAUGAGGUUCCAGUAUGUGUUUGAGGGGAUUGCUAAAACAGGAAACCGGACCCUUCUCAACCAGAUCUACACAGAGCUCUACAUCACAGAGGGAGGGACUGGAGAGGUCAACGAUGAACAUGAGGUCAGACAGAUUGAAAAAGCAUCCAGGAAACCAGGCGGACCAGAAACAACCAUCAGACAAGAAGACAUCUUUAAACCCUCACCUGGAAGAGAUGAACCAAUCAGAACAGUGAUGACAAAGGGAGUGGCUGGCAUCGGGAAAACAGUCUUAACACAGAAGUUCACUCUGGACUGGGCUGAAGGCAAAGCCAACCAGGACAUACAGUUCACAUUUCCAUUCACUUUCAGAGAGCUGAAUGUACUGAAAGAGAAAAAGUUCAGCUUAGUGGAACUUGUUCAUCACUUCUUUCCUGAAACAAAAGAAGCAGGAAUCUUCAGGUUCGAAGAGUUCCAGGUUGUGUUCAUCUUUGAUGGUCUGGAUGAGUGUCGACUUCCUCUGGACUUUAAAAACAACAAGACCCUGGCUGAUAUCACAGAGUCCACCUCAGUGGAUGUGCUGCUGACAAACCUCAUCAGGGGGAAACUGCUUCCCCCUGCUUGCCUCUGGAUAACCACACGACCUGCAGCAGCCAAUCAGAUCCCUCCUGAGUGUGUUGACAUGGUGACAGAGGUCAGAGGGUUCACUGACCCUCAGAAGGACGAGUACUUCAGGAAGAGAUUCAGAGAUGAGAAGCAGGCCAACACAAUCAUCUCCCACAUCAAGACAUCCAGAAGUCUCCACAUCAUGUGCCACAUCCCAGUCUUCUGCUGGAUCACUGCUACAGUUCUGGAGGAUGUGCUGAAGACCGGAGAGGGAGGAGAGCUGCCCAAGACCCUGACUGAAAUGUACAUCCACUUCCUGGUGGUUCAGUCCAAACUGAAGAAUGUCAAGUAUGAUAGUGGAGCUGCGACCGAUCAACACUGGAAUAAAAAUAAUAGGAAGAUGAUAGUCUCUCUGGGAAAACUGGCAUUUGAGCAGCUGCAGAAAGGAAACCUGAUCUUCUAUGAAUCCGACCUGAGAGAGUGUGGCAUCAAUAUCAGGGCAGCCUCAGUGUACUCAGGAGUGUUCACACAGAUCUUUAAAGAGGAGAGAGGACUGUACCAGGACAAGGUCUUCUGCUUCAUCCAUCUGAGCGUUCAGGAGUUUCUGGCUGCUCUUUAUGUCCAUCUGAUGUUCUUCAAUUCUGGGAUCAAUCUCCUGGCAGAAGGUCUAUCAACCUACCAGGUGUCUCCAGCAACAGCAAAUUCUGUAGUGAAGUACUUCUACCACAGUGCUGUGGACCAGGCCUUGCAGAGUCCAAAUGGACACCUGGACCUGUUCCUUCGCUUUUUUGUUGGCCUUUCCUUGCAAGCCAAUCAGGAUCUCCUACGAGGCCUGCUCCUUCAGACAGGAUGUUUCUCAUCGACCAAUAGGCAAACAGUACAUUACAUCAAGACCAAAAUCAGAGACAUUCCCUGUCAAGAGAGUAGCAUCAAUCUGUUCCACUGUCUAAAUGAGCUGAACGACCAUUCUCUAGAAGAAGAAAUCCAAAGGUGCCUGAGUUCAGGGUGUCUUCACACAGACAAACUGUCUCCUGCUCAGUGGUCAGCCCUGGUCUUCAUUCUACUGUCAUCAGAAAAACAUCUGGACGUGUUCGACCUGAAGAAAUUCUGUGCUUCAGAGAAGGCCCUUCUGAGGAUGCUGCCAGUGGUCAAAGCCUCCAAAAUAUCUCUAUUGAGUGGCUGUAAGCUAUCUGAGAGAAGCUGGGAAGCUCUGGCCACAGUUCUUAGCGCCCAAUCAACCAGUUUGCGAGAGCUGGACCUUAGUAACAACAACCUACAGGAUUCAGGUUUGAUGAUGUUGUCUCCUGGACUGGAGAGUCCGCACUGUAGGCUGGAGACUCUAAGGUUAUGCCAAACCGGCCUCACUGAGAACUGCUGCCAGAGGUUAGCUUGUGUUCUGAGUUUGGAGUUUUCUACUCUGAGAGAGCUGGACCUGAGUAACAACAACCUGCACGAUUCAGGAUUCAUUCUGCUCUGUGCUGGACUGCAAACCCCUCACUGUAAACUGGCAAAUCUACGGCUCAGCAUCUGUGAUCUGUCGGGGAGAAGCUGUGAGGCUCUAGCCCCAGUUCUUCGCUCUAGUCUGAAAGAGCUGGACCUGAGUCACAACAACCUGCAGGAUUCAGGAGUGGAGCCACUCUUUGCUGGUCUGGAGAGUCCACACUGUCAACUGGAGACUCUCAGGUUGAGUCAAACCAGCCUUACUGAGAAAAGCUGUCAGAAGCUUUCAUCCAUUCUCUGCUCCCACUUCUCUUCUCUGAGAGAACUCGACCUGAGUAAUAACGACCUACAGGACUCAGGAGUGAUGCUGCUGUCCACUGGACUGGGGAGCGCGAACUGUAGGCUGGAAGUUCUCAGGAUGUCAGGUUGUCUGAUCACAGAAAAAGGCUGUGCUUCUCUGGCCUCAGCUCUUAGCUCCAACCCCUCCCAUCUGAGAGAGCUGGAUCUGACCUACAAUCAUCCAGGAGAGUCAGGAGUGAAGCGGCUUUCCGCUGGACUAGAGGGUCCACUCUGGAGACUGGACACACUCAGGGUGGACCAUGAUGGAAUCCAGAGAUUAAUGCCAGGUCUAAAGAAGUAUGCAUGUGAUUUGUUGCUGGACCCGAACACAGCACACACAAAGCUCCAGCUGUCCAAAGACCACAGAGAAGUGACCAUUGUGUCCAACAAGCACGGGUAUGCAGAGCGUCCAGAGAGAUUUGAUUGCUGGAUUCAGCUGCUGUGUAAAAACGCUCUGACUGGUCGUUGUUACUGGGAGGUGGAGAGGAAAGGAGCUGUGUAUGUUGGUUUGACGUACAAAGGAAUAAGAAGGAGAGGGCAAGGAGUCGACUGCAAACUGGGAGGGACCGAUCAGUCGUGGAGUCUUUACUGCUCGGAUGAAAACUUCUUUGCCUGGCACAACGACCAGAGAACAGCAGUAAGCUCCGUCCCUUCCUCCUCCUCGAAUAGAGUGGCAGUGUAUGUGGACGGUCCUGCAGGCACUCUGUCCUUCUACAGCGUCUCCUCAGACACACUCUUCCACCUGCACACCUUCUCCUGCGUAAUCACUGAGCCUCUCUACCCAGGCUUUAGAUUUGUGUUCGGGUACUUUGGUUCCUCCGUCUCUCUGAUGCAGUUGGAGGAAAAUUAAUCACAGACAAACGCUCACACCAGGGACACACAGGAGAAAGAGGCACUAAGUUUUUUCUUGUGCAAUCAGUAGCUGUAGGGCUGUUCACACUAAGGGCACACUUACACUAGCAAAUUUGUCCCGUACCGUGCUUAAGCAUGAUUGUCCCCAUUUCCCCCGCUGGCCUGCACUCACACUGCUCCAGGACUAUCCAGGCCUGAGCACGGUUACUUCUUGUACAUAACGUUGUAACACUACACAUGCAUGGCUGUACGUAAUUAUGAAGUGUGCUUAGGUUACAAGACAGGCGAACUUGGAAAAAAAAAAAAAGGUGCUGUCGGGUCCAUGUCCGCACAUCAGAGAACAACACAGAGAACAUGAGAGCUACUUUACUGACUUUGUGUCAUUGACUUAUUUUGAGUCAUGUUAGUCGAUACAGACAGAACACUCUGGGAUUUCUCCAUAAUAAAGGCUGUCCACAUUGUG